AAUCAGUUUUAUACUGUGAGAUGAUAACAGAUAAAUGUUUAAUGUUUUGUGUAUUCCCAUUUUCCAAAGGGAAAUUAUUUAACAUGGAUAUGUCGAAUAGAAUUUUUUACAACUCCUAUUAAUGUCGUACAUAAAUGGUUACUUAAAUGGCCGAAGUACAAUUUCAAUCCCGCGAACUAGACACAAAAGAUGAGGCGGUGUCUAGUGUUAACCAUGCUAGUAACCCGAAAGUUGACUGUAAGACAGACUUGAUUCCAGAUGUAAGUCUCCUAUCUAUAGCUGAAAAUGGUGUAUACAACAGCUGUGAUGAAGCACAAAAUAAUCUGUCAUGUCACAAAACCCCAUCAUCAUCAUCAUCAUCAUCUAGUCAUAGUAAGCCAUCGUGUUCCUCCUGCAAUGUAAACAACAGCGAUUUCACGGAAGGCUUAAAACAAAAUGAUAGUGUAAAAUAUGUCUGCUACAAGAAUGAACAACAAAUGAAAGAUAUAAUGCAAUUAAUACAAAAAGAUUUGUCUGAGCCUUAUUCUAUAUACACUUAUCGAUACUUCAUACAUAACUGGCCUAAACUUUGUUUUUUGGCCAUAGAGACAGACAAGUGUGUAGGCGCUAUAGUAUGUAAGCUAGAUGUACACCGAAAAGUGAAGAGAGGUUAUAUCGCCAUGCUAGCAGUCGAUGAAAAUUACCGCAAGAAACAUAUUGGUUCUAACUUGGUGUUGAAUGCUAUUGAAGCCAUGGUGAAUGAUGGUGCAGAUGAAGUUGUAUUAGAAACAGAAAUCACAAAUAAACCAGCCUUACGAUUGUAUGAAAAUCUAGGUUUUGUUCGAGACAAACGGCUGUUCUGCUACUAUUUGAAUGGUGUCGAUGCUUUGCGUCUAAAACUAUGGCUUAGAUGAAUGAAAAUUUUGUAUAAGAAUUUAUAAAUGUAUAAUCUGUUGAACAAACAAAAAGGCAUAACUCAUUAAAUAUUUAUGUUCAUAAAAAUGUGUAGAUUUAGUUGGAUAAAAUAACGAGAUUCUUACAGCUAUACCUGUAUUAUAAUAGAUAUUUAAUUAUCUGUUGUUGUUAACUGUUUAAGAAUAGUUAAAUCACUAAAAUUGUUUGACUGUUUGUACAUUUUUUUGAUACAAAUUUAUAACAAUAUAUUGUGCCAGCAAACUA